AUGGCGGAAGGAUUGCUAGAAGAUUGUCGUGAUCUCUUGUCUCGUUUUGAAAGCCGUCAGAAUGUACGAUUUGAAGUUUUCUCAGAGGUUUGGAGAGAAAUGAAUUUUUCAUUUAUUCACUGUGGAAAGAAAGAUGCGAAUGGAAGGAUUCAGAUUGUAGAUUACCUAUUUCGUAUUAUGACAUCGUACGUGUCCCCUUCAUGUUCACUGAUUAUCAGAGAGGGUGCAGUCUAUGCUCUAUAUGGCAUAUACAACACUCAACUAUGUAAUCCCAAAGUUAAGAUACGAAUGACUUUAUCUAUGUGGAAAGAUUUUAAUGAACUGCAAGAAUUAAUACAACAACUAAAGCAUCAUGAUGCAGAUUUUAUUAUCAGAUCUCUUAAAAAUUCCAAAGCUUUCCUCUUCUGUGCAGCACCAACUCCACUUUCUUAUGGUUCAAGAGAAGCAAUUAUUAGUCAUGAAAAAGAAAACAAUACCAAGAUUUCAGCAGAAGCUGACAAAAUUAUUGAAAGGACUUGUGGAAUUCUAGAGAGAUUACACAGUACCCACAUGGGGUACAAGGAAGCAAAGGAAAGCGUAAUGCUGCUACCAAACUCUGCUGAGUAUUCGAGAAGUCUUGAGACUGCAUCGUCAUCUUUUGACGUGGAUCUUGCAAGUGAUAUCGAAGAGUUUCAUUCAUGGAAACAAGCCCAUUGUCAAAAGUAUUUGAUGAAUGAAAAAAACAGCAGUAUCCUUAUGAUGCCUGAUAAUAAUCUUUCAAAAAAAAGAAAAAGUGAUGAUUCCAUCCAACAACAAGAACAACAGUURUCUGAGUCAGCACAACGGUCAAAGAGACUGUGGGAAUUAAAGAAUAGUUCAUUUAAAGAAGUUGGAAAGGUUUCUCGAAGUAUGAGACAUUUAAAACCAUCAAUACAUGGAGAAGAUGCAGAGGAAAGUAGAAGUGAUGACACUKUACUUUAGAAGAUAUAGAUUAAAGAUAACAGACAACAGAUAUAUUGUAAAUAUUUGGAAAUAGACCCUAAUAAAAUUAUUGUAUUGCUAUUUGUAUAUAAAACUGAAGGCUGAAGUCCUAAAACAUUCAUUAAAACAGAGAUUUCAAGCUGUAAAUAUAUAGGGUGAUAUUAGACCUAAUGUUUUUUAGAAAUUGAAAACUUCAACUGGUCAGUCACAGGAUAACAGUAACAGAACAUUGUCUAGUUGCUUGAAGAUAAGAAUUUUACAUUCUCUUGUUGAAAAAAUAUCUCUUCAACACUUUAUGAGAAAGUUCUUAUUUCUUUACACCCAUAUCAUAUCCUCUAUAUUUCUUCAAUGAAUUCAGUAAACAAAAACAAAAAACAUG